AUGUCGCGAACAGAACUGAAGACGAGAUGUAUGAAUACGCUGAACGAAGCGGGUCGAGUUGGUACUGACGAAACAGCAAUACAGCAUGGCAUAAAUUUCUACAAAUACAUGUUCGGGUAUCAUUCGGAUUUGCGCAAGUAUUUCAAAGGUGCAGAGAAUUUCACUCCAGAAGAUGUACAAAAUAGUGAGCGCUUCGCAAAACAAGGGCAGCGGAUUUUGCUAGCCACCAGAGUUGUUGUAAACACAUAUGACGAUCCGGAUACAUUCAAAGCAUAUGCUAGGGAAAUGGUGAAUCGUCAUAUAAAGUUCAAGAUGGAUCGCAGCCUGUGGCUUGUAAGUUAA